AUGUUGAUUUUCUUUGAGCAACUGGAGGUCGACUAUGCUCUCCUUCAACAACCUCCAAUUGCCGGUGGUUCCAUCAUUCUGAAUGAUCUUGGAAUGGAUGGUACUCCGUCUCCUGGCGCAACACCAGUCUUCACAGAUGAUGCAACCAUGAAGGAGUAUAAAUCUGACAACAAGGCGGUUCGUGGUCAUAUGCUCAGCCAUGUUACCAACCUGAUCUUUGACUUGCUUGCUGCCCAUAGAUGUGCAAAAGUUAUAUGGGAACUCUUGGAGGCUAAGUAUUCAACUGAUGAUGCUGGGAAGAAAAAAAUAUGCGGAAAAUUUAUGCAAUUCAAGAUGGUGGACGACAAGCCAAUCAUGGAUCAAGUCCAUGAGUAUCAGAAUUUAGUGGCAGGCAUCUUGGCUGAAGUGAUGAAGAUGUGUGAAGUCCUCCAGGCUAAUCGCCUCAAAGAUAAGCUUGUUCCUAAAGUUUAUGAUAAUUUAGUUAAGGCUAAUCUUGUGGAGUCUUCUGAAAAUGUUGACAGGUUCAAGAAGAAGGACAAAGAGGCAAAUUUCAAGAAAGACAAAGUGCAAAACAAAAGAGCUCCAAACUUCAAGAUGAAAGGGAAGUACCAGAACAACAAGCUAGGAUGUUUCGUAUGUGGCAAGAUGGGACAUCGUGCCUAUCAAUGCUACGGUCGAGAUGAAACCCAUAAAAAUGCAAUUAAGCCUAAGGGAGAUCAAACCAAACAUCAAGUCAACAUUGUUGAAGUGUCUGACAACCUGGUUUCCAUGAUCACUACUGCAGAAAUUAACCAUGUAGCCGAGAAGGUUGAAUGA